AAACAAACACAUAACUCCAAAAUAUCCCACCCAACUAGUCCUUAGACUGUAGCGUAAACUUUCCAUUUCCCUUCCUAUUUAUGUCCCCACUCACCUCACCUCUCUCGACUCACCAUUCCCAUCUCCCAAAAUGCCCAAGCUCAAAAUCCCGGACCACCAAGUCGCCGGCCACCAAGCCAAAACCGGAAUCCUCGGCCCUCUCAUAGACGAUUCCGGUAAAUUCUACAAACCUCUCCAAGACGACGGAAGAGGCUCCCACGAACUCGCUUUCUACACCUCCCUCUAUUCCGAUCCACGCAUCCCCUCCAACAUUCUCAAUCUCUUCCCUAACUUCCACGGCACUGAAGUCGUCGAAGCCUCCGAUGGCUCCGGCCUUCAUCCUCACCUCGUCAUGGAAGAUAUCGCCGGGAAAUUCACCAAUCCCGCUGUUGUUGAUUUCAAGAUCGGUUCUCGGACAUGGCAUCCACAAUCCUCCGAAGAUUACAUUCGGAAAUGCCUCAAGAAAGAUCGGGAAUCUUCAUCUAUCAAAUUAGGGUUUAGGAUCUCCGGUUUGAGAUCGGUUUCUCCGAGUAAUGAAUGCUGGCAGCCUGAGAGAAAGUUUCUGAUGGAUCUAUCUGCUGAGGAUGUAAUUUUCAUGAUGAAGAAAUUCGUUUCGUCUGACGGUAAUGCUGAUAAGCCUGAUUGCGUUUUUGGUGCUAGGGUUUAUGUUCAUGUUUUGGAGGAGUUGUUGGUGCUUAAGAAAUGGUUUGAAGUUCAAACUAUUUUUCAUUUUUAUUCUUGUUCUGUUCUUGUGGUUUAUGAGAAAGACGAAACUGAUGAGAAGAGAACUGCGCGUGCUGUUGUUAAGCUUGUUGAUUUUGCUCAUGUGGUUGAUGCUAAAGGUGCUAUUGAUCAUAAUUUCUUAGGGGGUCUUUGUUCUUUGAUUAAGUUUGUUAAAGAUGUUUUGGCUGGUUUUGGUCAGGAUGAAAUCUCAAAUCCUAAACCCUAAAUCCUAAACGGAAUGCUUUUCUUUGAGCAGAUAGAUUGAUUUGUAUCAUGUUGUAAUCGACUCUAAUUUUGAUGCUGUUGACUCAAACAAAGGUUUGGUCAUGUUCUUUGAUUAAUAAGAUGACUGAUUCUAUGAGCUCUUUUAA